AUGGGCGGAAGGAGGAAUCGAGAGGACAGAAAUGCCGCACUCCGCGGACGUCGCGAGCGCACUUCCUUUAACCGGAUGCAGCUUGAACACCUUGAAAAUGUGUUCAAGCAAACGAAAUAUCCGGAUUUGUACAAGCGCGAGGAGCUGGCUCGUCAGAUACAGCUGCCGGAAGGAAGGGCUCAAGUGAACACGCAGGUGGUCCAAGUGUGGUUCAAGAACCGCCGUGCCAAAGACCGAGCCGCCUCGAAGAAUGGGAUGAUGCUCACCGGCGAGCGUUGUCAGAGUCGGACUCAAUCCGGCUCUUCCAGCGCUGAUACUCCCCCGCCCGAGCCUAAGGUUGCCACGCCAAUCGAGUACAAGCCGAUGACGUUGCCACUACCCGGAACCGCCGAGUUUGACAUGAG